UUAUGGAGUGGGAGUGGGGACACAAAAAUUUACACAACUUGACAGCAUUGAUCUCGGUUUCCUUCGAGGAAGUAGGAAGAAAAUUUUUCGCUUGCACGUAGGGAACAAGAUUGUUUUCAUUGCACAUAGGCCUAUUUCAAAAUGUUUUUCGACAACUAACGCGUUUAAAUCGGUCAUCUUGUUAUAAUUUAUUAAAUUUUAAUUAUUGCGAUGCAAAUAUAUUUGUAUACAAUAUAAGAAAAAGUUUGUCAAGUGGAUUUACACGAUGGGAACCAGAUUUGCAGCAUACAGUCUAAAAUUGACUAGUCUACAUGAUUAUUAUCAACGGCUACUUCACGGGACUCAGCCGAUGCCUUCUGGCUUGGACAUUGCAAAUACGCUAAAAUAUUUUUCUCAAACUUUGUUGUCUUUGUUAAAAGAAGUACGCGAAGCGCCAUUUGAGAUGAUCAAAUCGCAGCAGUUUGAUGGAGAACGAAUGGCUUUGUAUCCAAAUUUGGAUUAUAAACAACUUUACAAUGCAUUAACACAACUAAUUGAUGUUGUGCCAUUGAUCCACAUUGGUUUGCAAGCAUUUGGAAAAGCUUUGUUGCAAUGUCUAGCAUGCCUAUUGCCAUUUCUUGAUCACGACUUGAUUGACAAUUUAUCAUAUUUAACUGCUAGUACAAUAUCGGUACUUCCUAUGGAACUACAUGAAGAAAUCGUCAAUUACCUCUGUUUUUACAUUUUGCCAUUUACUAUCACAAGAAGAAUUGAAGCUGGUGAUAAGAAUGCUGCUAGUCAAUCGGUGGCUGCUGUUAUAAUGAUGGUGUUUCAAUAUUCUAAUAAUCCAGCGCAUCACUGUCAAUUGCUGGAAUGUCUGAUGGCUCGAAAACCAGGAGUCGUAAAAGAUAUACUUUGCGUUAUCGCUUAUGGUACUGCCCCGGCGAGAGCAUCAGCUGCAAAAUUGCUUUUUUAUUAUUGGCCGUCGUUUAAUCCAAAUCUAUUUGAUCGCCGUGCUGUAUUGGUAAAAUUUGCGAACGAUCUUAUUCCGUUUGUAUGUCAACGGGACAGCUGUCCGAAUGCUGGCAACGCGGAAGCUGGAAAAGUUUGUUACGAUCAUCGCAUUUCCAUCACAUUUGCCACAGAAUCUCCGCCACCUCUCUAUCUUUGUAUCGAAUGUGCCAACGAGAUCCAUCGAGAGCAUCCAAAUCAAAUGUUUUACGAUAUUUUACAUCCGAUGCAACAAGUAUCCAUGGUUUGCGAAAACAAGAAUUGCAGAGCCGCCGACAAAUCGGCCAUCAGCAUUUGUUUUUCGACCGAAUGCGCGAGUUACAAUGGAAAUCAUCCUAUACGAUAUUGUCAGCAAUGUCAUAAUAUCCGUCAUAAUAAUCGUCGUGGUGGUGAUCAUGUUUAUCACAUGGCGCUUCCACACAUCUCGCAGCUGGAUCCGCAAACACAAACUUAUAUGGUUCAAGCGAUCGUCAGUUUGCUGAAGGAAGCCGAACCGCAUAACGUCGACAGUAAUCGGGACAUGACAGAAAUGAGCGGCGUUAACAAGGGGGGAGGCAUGGGAUUCUCAGGAAGUGGCGGAGGUGGAGCUAUCGGAAGUACUUUCGGAAGUCACUGCGAUCCUACGAGUUUAGAAGAGCGACAACUUCUCGGCAGAUAUGGCGUAUGGCUGCUUGUGGGACUUUGUACCCCUAAUGAGGAUACCCCGGUUGAAAUACUGGGCCGUUUAUUGUCAAUGUUAUUUCAUUGGUUUCAUGUCACUGCCUACUGUUUCGAUGGUAUUGAAAAAAGACUUAUACAUCUUAUCUUUUCUGUUGGCCAAGCGGAAAGCGCGCUCGAGAAAUUGAAAACGGAACACGUUUGUGGCUGGCUUUCGGAAGUUAUGAAGACGCAUUAUGAAGUAUUCAUUUCCUGUCUUUUACCACAUCCUGCGGAUUAUGUCAGGGUUGGAGGUCAUUGGGAAACCUUGGCUUCACGAACGUCACAUUUGAAAGACGGACUUCAUCGGCUAUUUUGUUUGGUACCAUAUGAAGUGAUCACGUCCGAUGUAUGGGAUUACGUAAUGCCACAUUGGAUGGAAGCAAUAGUAAAUGAUGUUCCUGAACAUGAACUUUCAGAGCUAAAAAUAAUAUUGAGCAAAAUUUUGGAUCGAGAUAUGAAUUCUUUGGGGUUUGAUACAAAGAAGAUGUAUAACUUCGUAGCGAAGCGAUUUGUCAAUACGAGCGCAAAAGUACAAGAACAGGCUCUUAAUUGGUUGCAGACACUUACUAUGCUGGAAAUAACUAUGCCUCUGGACCAACUGUUUUCGAUAUUCAGUGACGGAGUUGCCGUAAUGCAAUCGAUGAGUUGUGCGGAAUCGGAAUUAAAACCAAGCAAAUCUACAAAGGAUAACGAUGGAAAUAUUACAUGUUCCAUAGUGGAAAAUGAUUCGGGAAAGUCGACACCACUGUCCGAUGAUAUGGUACCAACACCAAGACAUAUGGAAUUUUCGACAAAUGCCGAACUUAAUUUAUCUUGUUGUAUUCUCAUGCUCGAUAUAUUGCUGAAACAGAUGGAGCUUCAAAAUAUGGAUAAGCAUACUGGAAUUAAUACCUGGGUUUGCCGAGAUGCUUGCCAUUUGAUGAAAUCCAUAGUUGCAUCUAAUUGGAACAACUGUCAUAUAUGCGAUGUAUCGGACACCGAAUGCACUUAUUGCGAGUCGAGAGUGAUUUGGCAUCAAUUGUGUCUGCAAUUGAUUACUUACAUGGCACCGGAAAAUCCGGCGUAUCCUCCUGAUACAAUUGUGGAUGAGACAGCGGAAGAUUAUGGCCGUAAGAGCUCACCAGAAACGAAAAAGAGUGAUUCGAAAUCAGAUGUAGUUAUCAGCAUGCCAGUGCCAGAAAUGCAUUCCGUAGGUGGAGUUUUAGUUCACAUGCCACACUUUUUCGAACAGAUUAUGACAGCCACAGUAGAGACAGUUUCGGAACAGCUGGAUCUCGCAGCUAUUAUGCCAACGGAGAAGAUCAUGUCUGCUGUCGCGAGAACUGUUACGUUAUCCGAAACUGAUGUCGCUACCGCGACGGUAAGCGUAGCAAAACCACAUUUGAUUGGCGAAAACGAUGAACCUGUAAGUCCAGAAGCUGAUUUAGAUGAUUUUUGGCAUACCUCUGUAGGAAAGUUUCGUUUUACGAUAGAAGAAUUGCCGGAACAACUUCAGUAUAUCCAUAAACUAUUGAAGGAGAUAAUGACAAUUGACAAACCUGACAUCCUUUACUAUAUGCUGCAAUGCUUGAAUGUAAUGUGUUUAUAUGGCGAUGCGUUUAACACGGCCGUGAAGGAUCAUCAAGGAUUCUUUAUAUGGUGCCAGGAAAACUUAUUGAUAAAAAAUUUAUGGGAACUCCUAAAUGCAGAACAUUCGCAUAUUGCACAAGUGACUGUUCCACUAUUGUUACAUUGCGUGACAUUACCUUGUGGCACUGAUACUUUUUGGCGGCUUGUACAAGAAGAAUUUCACAAUUCUGAUUGGCGCGUUAGAUUCGUCGCAGUCGAGCGUGUUACAUUAAUUGCAAGAUUCAUGGACUCGACGCCAUUGCGAAACAUAUUGAGUCUUCAAGCUGCAUUAACAAAUGCGUUUUGUUACUUGAUUACAAGCAUGGACGACAAUAAUGUGUAUGUCGCGCAACGUGCAACCUUAUAUCUCGGAACUAUUCAUGACGCAGCAAUCAGAUCGUUAAUUUUAUGCCUGGAGACACAAUUCGAUUCUGUAAUCGUAGACCGGCCGAUGGUAUUACAAUCGCUCUAUCAGCUACACAAUAGCCUCAGCGAUCGGCGUAUCUUAACGUGGGAAUUUUUCUUGAAUCGAUUCGACACGUUAUUCCUCGAAGCCCAAAUCAACUUGGAGAAAUCGGGAGAUGUAGCUUAUAUGCGCGAUUUGAAAAAUACAGAUUUGAAUAGCGAAGUGUUUAUGAAGAAGUUGCAUCGGGCGCAUGAAGCGCUAUCUCAAUCGGAUGGUAGCGGGACGAGUUCCGUAAAAACGCUGAGCGCGAGUUUCGGCACAAAAUGGCCUUACAAGCGUACAAUGUCCGCGCCUGCGUCGAUGAUACCUCGACAAGAUACUAAACAAGAAAAGGAAAAGGUGUACAACCGACAAUAUUCCGCGCCCAUCUUGAAAAGGAAGAGCUCGAGAUUUGGAUUGGGUCAGUUGUUGGGGUCUACCCCGCCUAAUAACAGUAUCCCAGAUGGUCAUAUACAUUCACUGAACAUGGUCGAUGAAGCUAGCGCGUUACCAGGAUACACUCACAAAAUUGUGGAUCUGGAAGAAGCGGAUAAAGAAACGAUGCACCUAUUAAUCUUUCUGUUAAUGCAAUUUCUUUCGAGACAGGAUCAGGCUUAUCCGACGGACGAAAAACCAUUAUCAAAAACACAGGGCAUAGUUUUGCGGCACCUGUAUCUUCUUUUAGGAUAUAAUCAAACUGAGCGCACUUUUCAUACUGCUCCACAACGUCUAAGGCUAUCACCAGUAUUUAACGUCUUUAUCGCCAAUUUGCCACAACUCUUAGACCAGAAUCAUGUCAUGGGUUGGGUAAUGACGCCGCCAGUUCUGGCAAUACUACAACAUUGUCCUUGCCCUCCGCAAACUACACCUCCCACUGAUCAUCAACCACCAAGUUACAGUCUUUGGUAUUUGGAACCACACAUUAGGCGAUCUUGGUUGAUGUCUCUGCUUGUUAUUUUAUACAAGUGUCAGUACGGGCAACAACCGUGGUGCAAUCAACUUCAAGCAUUAAUAAAGAUAGUGAUGAAUACACUUGACACGCAACAUCAUCAAUGUAAAAGAAUUCCAGCGACUGUAGUUAUGGCUGCGCCACCUUCCAGAUCACGUGAUGUAUCUCAGCCUUCUCUUGGAGUGGAGCAUGAGUUGACAACGAAUGCAAUGGGGGAGAUGGACACGGAAACUCCGCCAAUGCGUUCAUCAAUGGUCUCGGUGCAUCAGCGCAGUCCUGGAGGAAUGCACGGACAAAUGGAGACUCAUUGGGAAGAAAAUAAUGGUCCAAUCUGCCGUUAUUUCAGCAAACAUUUCACUAGUUAUUCGAUCAAUGCGGAUGAUACGGAGUCUGAACUGGCCGCGAUUCCUGAGAGUCCAAAAUCUGACAGCACCUUACAUGACAACAGCGGCGGAUCUCUCGGUGAGUUAGAGGAUACGGCUCCCCAAAAUAUGCUUCUUCAAGAGCCACGUAUGUCGAUAUCGGACGGAAAGAAUAUUGAAUCCAAUAAUCGAAACAUUAUUAAGUCAAGAACAGAAUCUGUCACGAAACCUAUAUGGUUUUUAGGAAACGAAGACGAAGUUUGUCAGGGAAAUAAAACCGGAUCUCAAAAAAAAUGGAGCGUGUACGAAGGAGUGAAAAUGAUGGUAACGGGUACCUUUCUAACCGGACAACAGGAGCUUCCAAAAAUUCAAUCUAAGACAACUAUGCCAUCGCUAAAGAAUGGAAAAGGACAUUUGCCGUAUAAUGGAGAUACUGUUUCGUCAAAACCUUAUGAUUUAUCGAGCGCUUUAGCCGUUGCUACGAGCAUUUCUCAUAUCCAAAGAUUUGACAAGGAAAAAGAGAAAGAGAAGGAAAAGGAAAAAGAAAAAAAGAAAGAAAAGGAAAAAGAGAAGGAAAAGGAAAAAGAGAAAGAAAAGGAAAAAGAAACAGAGAAGGAAAAAGAAAAAGAGAAGGAAAAGGGCAAAGAAAAGAAAACGGAGAAAGAAAAGGAAGAGGAUAAAAUGCUUGUAAAAUCUACAGGCACUGUUAAUAACACCGAGUCGCUGAAUGCGAAGCAUUUAGGUAGACAAAAACAUAUAGAACAAAUAACAAUUACAGCGACGUCGCCAGUUUCACCUUGUCAAGUGAUUACAGUGACCAACAGUGAUCAUUCAAGUUCACCAGCACUGAGUUCUUCUAUAUCAUCGCAAGUCAUAAGCAUGGAGAACAAUGGACAACAAACGGGAGGUUUUCCUAUUAGUCCGCAACCCUUGAUGACUACUCCGACUGUUGAAAGAUUAUUGCCUAUUGGUACAAUAGCUCGCGCGACUGGAUCGCGAACUACGCAACGUGUAUUGAAAUGCGAAGACACAUAUGGCUCUCCAGAAUCACCACUCUCAAAGAUGGACAUUUUGACAGUCAGUUCUUCAUUUGAGCAAGACAGUGAGACUUGCAUGUCCAGCGACAUUACGAGUCUACAUAGCGUUUCUCAGCUGGAGUUUCCAACGCCAGAACGAUUACUGCCGGUUGGUGGUCCUCAGAGAGAUUUUCCCAGUCUCGUCGAACGAGUACGUCAGGCUCUCGAUAUCUCGGAUGUCGAAGAUACAAAUAAAUCAAAUGACAAUGCAAAACAUAACACUCGUGACAUAGUACUUACGAAACAGGAUAGCGGAACAUCCGAAAAUAUGUCAGCGUCACUCGUACCGACGUGCAAUGAAGUUAAUUCGAGCAGAUCACCAAGUCCGAGAAGAUUAAUUAAACAAGUGGCUCUAGAAUCAUCUCCACCAGCGGUUGAUUCGGGAGAUUUUCUCUCGAAAGUAGCAGAUUACGACCAGAAGAUUAAAUCGAGAGAUCAGUUUCGUAUUCAACGUGACAGGAUGCGAAAAAUUACGACUACAGAUCAAGAUGCGAUUACUCAUGCGAGACGGACAGAGUCUUGGUCCGGCCCACAAGUUCAACAAAAUUUAGACUUUGUCUCUCAACAAGCAUAUCAUGCAGAUUUCAAUUUAAAGCAGAGUUUAUUUCGCAUCGGCGACGAUUGCGUUUAUGAUAGGUGCUCAGAGUGCGGAACGAUAAAAGAAGAGUAUUCCGAUGAAGAGCUCGGAUUAUGUAUAAUAACCUUGGGAACGUUUAUUCAUCGAGAACCAUCUUUAGCGGCACCAUUAUUGCCGGAAAUACUCGGCGUAGUUACCAAAGUUGGGCUUAAUGCAAUGUAUCCUUGGCAAAGCGAAACAAAUAUGCAUCUGCCAGGUGGUGCGGUUAGCGUAGCGCAUCAGUUUCUUAGAUGUGUUCUUCACCAAUUAGCACCUAAUGGAGUGUUUAUGCAAAUGUUUCAGACUCAUUUAAACGAAACGACGAGAUUGCAGUUUUUUAAAAGUGUCGCGCAAGCUUUAGUCGAUUUUAAUGAAUUAAAUCCUAUUGCGCCUCUGCAAUUAUUACUCGAGACGUUAAAUAUGAAAAAAUCAUUGCCAUUGGAACGGCUGCCGAUAAUACUGUACAAUAUUGCGUGUUACUUGGAUUGUUUACCAUUGGAAGCAGGAUUGGGUCCUGGUGCAGCUACAUGGAGCGGAUUGUUGGCGCAGUUUGAUGGAUUAUUUCGAAGACUUGUUCUUAUGCUUUCUUCCAUUGAAGAUAUCACUCCUCUCUUACGAAUUAUAAUUUCUAUAUUGAAGGUACCAGGGAUUCAGCAGUCAAAGGGAAUGUUGGAUCCAUUUUCCAAAGUAUUAAGUUACGCCAUACAAAAUUCAACAUUGCGAUAUAAUUAUUUAACGGAUCUGUGCUACUUAUGUCACAGAGGAUUUACUCGUGAUCGUGACAAACACUUUUUUGGAAGGACAAUUGUAUUUGAAUUAAUUCAAGCUAUUAAAUUUAAAAUUACAAUACCGGAUUCAAAUUUUUUGUUACUUCUUCAAUUUGUGCUUCAGGAUAUUGGGGGGUCCUUGCCUAAUACUAUUAUCGCGAUGGAAAAUAAUAUUCAAAUAGAUAUGUCACCGAUCUAUAAUACAAACGCCUCUGAAUCUUUAAAGAAUCAGUUAUCAGAUGUUCUUGAAUUUUUAGCUGAUUUUCACACUUUAAGCAAGAUCAAGAGUUAUAGCAAAGGUAUGCAAGCUGGAUUGAACGAAGAUACGUUAGGUGGAAUGUUAAAGUGUGGUCUUGCUCAAUAUGUAGCUUUAGAAAUUACGAGGGGCAACAACAGAGAGAACAGAGCUGUCGCGCGUUACUUACCGUGGUUAUACACCGCACCAUCUUCUAUACAACAAGGUGCUCGUGAAUACGUCGAUUGUAUCUCCCAUAUUAGACUCUUAUCUUGGUUACUGCUAGGAUCGUUGACGCAUAUUGCCAUGUAUGCUGGCAAUACGAAUAGUCAUACUCAUUCAACCGUACCGUUAGCACAACCGAUACCGCAAGAAGUAUCUUGCCAUAUUGCCGAUCACAUACAAGUGAUUUUCUCAGGAUUUCCAGAACAAUCCAAAACCUCGGUUCUCCACAUGUCGUCGCUCUUUCAUGCGUUUAUUCUUUGUCAACUUUGGACGAUAUAUUUGGAAGAAUUAUCAAAAAAUAACGCAUCGAAUAGCGAGAGUCAUAAUAUCACUAUGAAUAUUUUGCUAGAAUUUUGGGGCAAGAUAACGCCCUGCAUUUUGCAACUCGUUUCUUAUUCGAAAGCCUUGUCUGAAAUGCUCAAUUUGCAUUUCUUGAGCUUAUUAGAGGCCUUGUUGGAAUGCGGAUCGAUUCUGCUAAGUAAAUUAUUGCCUCUAUGGAACGCCAUUUUAUUUUCUCAUCAUGUUCAACUACCUGGUAACUUACAAGUGCGUUUGCAGAAUUGCCGCGAUUUUCCACCAAGCAGGAUGGCGGAACAUUUUGUUUCUAAUCGAAGAGAAUCAAAUGCGGUACUCCUACGAUGGUUACAUCGAUUACAAUUUAAAAUGGGUCAAAUAGAAAUGCAAUCAUCCACCGCCACGCAAUUUUAUUCCAUUUAAAGAAGAAAAAAGAAACUCGAUGAUAACUUUAUAAAUUAUAAAUAUUA